CGAUCGUUGAAUUGGUUUCGCAUUUCAUUUAAUGACUAAUCAAAUGAACACAUAUUAACACAGAAAGCAAUUCAUGCGUUCAUUUCACUCAUAUUUAACACACAAUUGACACCAAAAUAUAUUUUCAUUGAAAUAUAUUAAGCGGACAUGUCUUCGAAAAGAUCUUCGUCGACGGACUCGAGUAACUCGAGUUCAAGCAAUGCCUGCACUCAUGGCUCGAGUGCACCGCCGAAGAAGAGGCAGAGAGUGGUCGCCGAACAGCCGAGACUUGUGGUCACCUCUUAUGAG